AUGUCUGGUCUCAUCAACAAGGUCAAGGAAGCUAUCCACUCCGACAAGGAUAAGCACAACGACUCUCACACCACUGACUCUCACACCACUGGCUCUCACACCACUGGCACCCACACCGCUGGCACUCACGACUCUCGCACUUCUGGUCUUCCUGAGGGUACCGCCGGCCCCCACGGCAGCCGUGCUGCCAACGCUGCCGACCCCCGUGUCGACUCUGACCUCGACAGCUCUCGCCGAACUGGUGCUACCGGAACCACCGGUGGUCUUGGUUCAACCGGCCACACUGCUGGUGGCAUCGGCUCUACCGGCGGCAUGACCGGUACUCACUCUUCCGGCAUGACUGGCACUCACUCUUCCGGCCUUCCUGAGGGAACCGCUGGCCCUCACGGCAGCCGUGCUGCCAACGCUGCCGAUCCCCGUGUCGACUCUGACCUCGACAGCUCUCGCCGAACUGGUGCUACCGGAACCACCGGUGGUCUUGGCUCAACCGGUCACACUGCUGGUGGCAUUGGCUCUACCGGCCACACUGCUGGUGGUAUCGGCUCUACCGGCCACACUGCUGGUGGUAUCGGCUCCACCGGCGGAAUGACCGGCACUCACUCUGAGAACAUGCCCGGACGUACUGCUGGUAUGACCGGCACCGGCAUGCACGGUACUCACUCCGAGAACAUGCCCGGACACUCUACUGGACUUGGCUCUACCGGCGGCAUGACCGGUACUCACUCUUCCGGCAUGACUGGCACUCACUCUUCCGGCCUCCCCGAGGGAACUGCCGGCCCUCACGGCAGCCGUGCUGCUAACGCCGCUGACCCCCGUGUUGACUCUGACCUCGACAGCUCUCGCCGCACUGGUGGUCUUGGUGGCAGCGCCUACGACCAGACCACUACUGGAACUUCUGGCCUGUCCAGCCACGGCGCCGGUGCUCACGGCCCUACCGGCACUCACUCCUCUGGCCUGAGCGGUACCAACACUGGUGCCCACAUGGGAGAGAACACUGCCUACGGCACCAACAACCCCGGACCUGCUCCCAAGACUGCCGGUCCUCACAAGUCUGACAUGCUUAACAAGGCCGAUCCUCGUGUCGACUCCAACCUUGACGGCAGCAAGACUGUCGGAAAGGAGAAGACCUUCGAGACUUCCGACUUUUCUGGCCGAGACCCCACCGAUGCCACUCAGGUCCCCCCUUCUGUCAUGCAGAAGCACGUUCCUACUGAGAUUGCUCACGACAACCCUGAGUCUGACCACAGCCGACGACACAGCAGCGUCAACCAGGAGCAUCACCGUGGUCUGUAA